AUGGAUAAAAUAACUAACGACCAAUCUACUAUAACCACCACCACUACAAACAACUCAAAAGAUAGUAAUCAAGAUAAAAAGAAAAGAAAAAGCAAAUCAGAGAAAUUAGAGAUAAUAUCAAGUAUUAACUUUGAAACAUCUAGUAGAGAUGAUUUAGAGUUAUUAAAGAGAGACCAGUUAUAUCAGAUGUGUAUUGCCAACAAAAUACAGGUCAACAAGUAUUCAACCAAACAAUACUUUUUAGAUGCAAUAAUAGAUCGUAGAAAUGACAAUCAUAUUUUACAACAAUCACUGGUAGAGAAUCCAGCCAAUAACUAUCAUCGUGGACAUGUGGAGAAUGCAAUCGCUUUGACCAGAGUGAACAAACUAUUCUUUGGUAUUGUCAGUCAGAUGUUUAGCAACGUUGUCUUACUCCAAACUGUAUUGGAAUCCAAGAGAUUUCGUUAUUAUCGUAGAUGGUGCACUUCAAAGACAUUGGUAGAUCCAAAUAUUGAUCGACUUAUCAAUGACUGGUGUCCAAUCAAGUAUAUCGUAAAACUUCAAGUAAACCAAACGAUGUUUGAAUUGUUGAUGAAGUUGGAUAGUGUUCACAUGUCACAUAUCUUUUCAACAGUGGAGAAGUUUCAAAUUGAUUGGAAUGGAGUUACCUCUCAAAAGGUUAGUGUCACUAGUUUCAAGAAGAUGGCCUUUACAUUGUCAAGUCUCAGAUAUUUCAUUUCCAAAGAUAUCCAUAUCUUUCCUCAUUUGAAAACCAUUGGAACUAUCAAGUCACUCAAGAAGAUUAAGAUUAUAGGAUCACAAUAUUCUGUAAUUGAUCUCCUCAAGAAUAUACCAAAUCUCGAAGAAAUCACUCUUUUUCCACUGAAAUGUUGGGAAAUACCAGCUUUAUACAGAGAUAGAAUAAGAGAGUUGGCAUCUGUGAAUCUUAACUACCAUCCCAAUGGAACAAUUGAUUUCCCAAAUUUGAAUAAGAUUGAAUUUACACAACCUUCAAAUACUGAUAUAUUCAAGUUACCUUGCAUCGUCAUUGUCGAAGAUCAAACCGUACAUUCGACACAGAGUGCUGGUGAUAAAAUUAGUUGUAAAUUCAAAAAUAGUAUUUCUUCGACAUUAUCGCAAUUCAUCAUCACUAUAGCCAAGGGUAAAUUCAAAAAAACCAAAUUUCUUAGAGACAUGGACUACUAUUAUUCUCAUCAAUCUCUCAACAGUACAUUGGGUAACAGAAACAAAGACUGUAGGCAUGAGAAUGAGAGUGAUAUCUAUAUUAAUAUAGUUAAAAGACCAAAGCCUUUUACUCUUAGGUCUUUAUUAUUUAUACCAACAAAUAGUAAUUAUAUUACUUCACAAAAAAAAAAAACAAAUAUCUCAUUUUAUAAAUAUCUAUUGACACCACCACACAGAUCGAAACAUCACAACGCUCCACAUGAAUGUAUUGAUAAUUGUCAACAAUGUAUCUCAAAGAGAAUCAGAACAACCAUUCAAACCAUUGACUACAGAAAAGAUAAUGAUAAAUAUAUAAAUUGUAUUCAUGUACACUGUGAUACCAAUUCGAAUUAUAUUCACAAGAACCAGAAAGCUCGUCACAUUCACAGUCGAAAAUUGCACUCCUGUCUGCGUGAUCGUGACAAUGGUAUCGAAAUUGAUUGUGCCGGUUGCAACGAAGUGUCACGUGUCGAUCAGAACCGUGAGAACCGAUUGAAUGGAAUGAACGGAACUGUAUUCCACCUGAAUGAAGCACAUCACCAUCACCACCCACAAACAAUCAUUCACCAACAACCACAACAACAGAGCAAUCAAAUUCAUCACCAACACCUCCACUCCAAUGGUGGUGCCGGUCUCAACUCUCUUCAUCAACAACACAACAAUAGCGUCUACCAUAACUCCAACCACUCUUCACCAAAUCGAAGCUCCCCUACCAAUAGCAAUUCAUUUGUUCCACAACUACCAACUCCCAAGAACUAUAAUCAACAUCAAAACAACUCGACAGUUCCAGACGAUUUCAGUAUAGUAACACCUCCAAAGGAGAAAUUAAAGAUUAGUGCACCACCUAUUACCAACCUAAGAAAUAGUCUAGAACGAUCUGGAUUCAUUGAUCUAAGCGAUAGAAAUGUUUCCAAUUGUAUACGAGAAUGGAAAGCUAAUUUCCAUCAAAGAAACGCUUUAAAUAAUAAUGUACCAGGUUUUUCUCCAUUAACUUCAAAAGAGUUUUAUUCAACAAAGAAUAGUUUUGAUGUACUCCAAGCAGCUAUAGAACUUGAAGUCGAUGAAUCAAUGCAUUCAAAUUUUUAA